CUGCAGAAGCUGCUGCAGAUGCGACGGAAGGUGGUGUCAGAGGAGGAGCAGCGAGACAGCGGGAGUGAGCAGCGGGGUGACGAAGACGAUAUCCCGCUGGGGCCCCAGUCCAACAUCAGUUUGUUGGAUCAGCACCAGCACCUCAAAGAGAAGGCAGAAGCUCGGAAGGAGUCAGCCAAGGAGAAGCAGCUGAAGGAGGAAGAGAAGAUCCUUGAGAGUGUGGCAGAGGGCCGAGCUUUGAUGUCAGUGAAGGAGAUGGCAAAGGGCAUCACCUAUGAUGAUCCGAUUAAAACUAGCUGGAGAGCACCUCGUUACAUCCUGGGCAUGACAGAGGCACGGCAUGACCGCGUGCGCAAGAAGUACCACAUCCUGGUGGAGGGGGAAGGCAUCCCUCCCCCCAUUAAGAGCUUCAAGGAGAUGAAGUUCCCAGCAGCUAUCCUGAGAGGCCUGAAGAAAAAAGGAAUCCAGCAGCCCACACCCAUACAGAUCCAAGGCAUCCCUACCAUCCUCUCAGGAAGGGACAUGAUCGGCAUUGCCUUCACUGGCUCUGGGAAGACCUUGGUGUUCACCCUCCCAGUGAUCAUGUUCUGUCUGGAGCAGGAGAAGCGGCUGCCAUUUUCCAAGCGAGAGGGACCCUAUGGACUCAUCAUCUGUCCCUCACGGGAGCUGGCCCGGCAGACCCAUGGCAUCAUUGAGUACUACUGUCGCCUGCUGCAGGAGGAUGGCUUCCCCCCACUGCGCUGUGCCCUCUGCAUCGGGGGCAUGUCUGUCAAGGAGCAGAUGGAGACAAUUAAACACGGUGUUCACAUGAUGGUGGCAACCCCUGGGCGCCUGAUGGACCUGCUGCAGAAGAAGAUGGUGAGCCUGGACAUCUGCCGUUACUUGGCCUUGGAUGAGGCCGACAGGAUGAUUGAUAUGGGCUUUGAGGGUGACAUCCGUACCAUCUUCUCCUACUUCAAGGGCCAGCGGCAAACCCUCCUGUUCAGUGCUACAAUGCCCAAGAAGAUCCAGAACUUUGCUAAGAGUGCCCUGGUGAAGCCCAUCACUAUUAAUGUUGGGAGAGCAGGUGCUGCCAGCCUGGAUGUUGUGCAGGAAGUGGAAUAUGUGAAAGAGGAGGCCAAGAUGGUGUACCUCCUGGAAUGCCUGCAGAAGACUCCACCACCUGUGCUGAUCUUUGCAGAGAAGAAGGCAGAUGUUGAUGCGAUCCACGAGUACCUGCUGCUCAAGGGUGUGGAGGCUGUCGCCAUCCAUGGAGGGAAAGAUCAGGAGGAACGGACAAAAGCCAUUGAGGCCUUCCGGGAUGGGAAGAAGGAUGUUCUGGUUGCCACUGAUGUUGCAUCUAAAGGCCUAGACUUCCCAGCCAUCCAGCAUGUCAUCAACUACGACAUGCCAGAGGAGAUUGAGAACUAUGUUCACCGUAUCGGGCGGACAGGCCGUUCGGGCAACACUGGCAUUGCCACCACCUUUAUCAACAAGGCCUGUGACGAGUCGGUGCUGAUGGACCUGAAGGCCCUGCUCCUGGAGGCAAAGCAGAAGGUGCCACCUGUGCUCCAGGUGCUGCACUGUGGGGAUGAGACCAUGCUUGACAUUGGAGGUGAGCGGGGCUGUGCCUUCUGUGGUGGCCUUGGCCAUCGCAUCACUGACUGCCCCAAGCUGGAAGCCAUGCAGACAAAGCAAGUCAGCAACAUCGGACGCAAGGACUACCUGGCCCACAGCUCUAUGGACUUCUAGCCUGGGGAGCGU